UCCAGCUUGCUUCGAGACAGCUGAGUCACACAUACAUUUAGACCCCGAUAGAUACUGAGCGAAAAGAGCGGCUACAGUCGACAACACCGACUGCACUGUUUUCCUGAAAGCAGCUGUUACCACGUCGAAAGAUGCUGACGAUAACACUGAAGACCCUCCAGCAGCAGACGUUCAAAAUAGAGAUAGACCCAGAACUGACGGUGAAAGCCCUGAAGGAGAAAAUAGAGGAGGACAGAGGAAAAGAUGCAUUUCCUUCAGCAGGACAGAAACUCAUCUAUGCAGGCAAAAUCUUAAAUGACGACACCCCACUGGAAGAAUACAAAAUCGAUGAGAAAAACUUUGUGGUGGUCAUGGUUACCAAGCCUAAAGCAACCCCUCCUCCACAAACAGCCCCUCAGCCAGCUCUCCAACCAGCUACAACUCCAGCACCAGCUGCAGCCCCAGAACCAGCCUCUGGAACAACACAAAUACCCUCUACACCUACACAUACAUUGUCUGCUCCCAUACCUGCCCCACAGUCUAUGCCUCCCACUGAAUCCCCACUUCCCGCCCCAGAAAACACACAGUUAGCUUCAGUUGAAGCAGCAGCAGCUCUGGACUUACACUCUGCUACAGACUCAGCUCCAGCAGCAUCUGGUUCUUCUGCCACUCUUGCCUCUGCCUCAGUUCCAGCUCCUGACGCUGUUCAAGCAGCCCCAGCCUCAGCCCCUGCACUCUGUCCCACCCCUGCUGCCCAGCCAGAGGAGAAACCAAGGGAAGACCCUGAGAGUGAACCACCUGCCACUGUACCAGUCCAACAAUCCUCUGCUUCCAGCCUUGUUGACGAACUGGGUCUCCUUGAAGAAGCAGCAUCAAUUCUAGUGACCGGUCCGGCCUAUGAGAACCUGGUGUCAGAGAUCAUGUCUAUGGGUUAUGAGCGGGAGCAGGUUGUUGCUGCACUCAGAGCCAGUUACAACAACCCAGACAGAGCAGUCGAGUAUCUACUAAUGGGUAUUCCUGUGGAGGCCAGUGAGCUUCCGCGUCAAGAGCCAGUUAGACAGAGUGCUCUACCCAACCCUUCAACCCCUGCUACACAACCGCCACAGCAGCCUCCAGCAGCCUCUAACAGACCAGUGUCUGCCAGCCAGCCCCCCACUGCUGGAGGAGGCUCUGUGUCCACAGGGAAUCCUCUAGAGUUCCUGAGGAACCAGCCUCAGUUCCAGCAGAUGAGACAGAUCAUCCAGCAGAACCCAGCCCUCCUACCAGCUCUGCUGCAACAGCUGGGCAGAGACAACCCCCAGCUGCUGCAGCAAAUCACACAGCACCAGGAGCGUUUUGUGCAAAUGCUGAAUGAGCCACGAAGUGGAGACACAGGAGAAGAGGGGGCUGAGGCCCAGGGAUCACCACACACCAACUACAUCCAGGUCACCCCACAGGAGAAAGAAGCCAUUGAGAGGUUAAAAGCGCUUGGCUUUCCUGAAGGCUUAGUCAUCCAGGCUUACUUUGCCUGUGAGAAGAACGAGAAUCUGGCUGCUAACUUCCUUCUACAGCAGACAUGGGAUGAUGAGUAACCAAACAUCACUCAACACUUCACCGUUCAACAGAGGGCUGCAGAGUGGGUGACAGCACUGCACAAGGCCAUCACGGAGUGACACGGACAGGAGAGGAAGAGGACAUUUCUAUUCGUGCCAUAUGACUGUGGUCUGAUGAUGAUGGUGGUAGUGAUGAUGACAUGCUGUUCUAAGUUAGCUGUGCUGCCUACUCUCCAUUCAGCUGUGAUGAUCAUGAUACUGAGCAUUGCCUCACUGCUGCUACAUCAUUGCUGCUGCUGCUUGUACUGAGUGUUCACACUGAGAGAAGUCAUGUCAGGAAGUAUGCAACAGUCUGCAUCACCUUCACAGGUUUCCUCUGCAGUGAGCUUACAGGUUGCCUGUAGAUUGUGUUAAACUACUGUACACACACAGUAUACACCAAGUGUAUCUGUAGUUAAUAUAUACAUAAGAGAAAUACAUUUUCAAUGUGUGCAUUUGCAAACCCUCCAUGUUGGAGUUACCUGAAAGUGUGAUGCAAACUGUUGACUUCACAGUUUGCGAGCCAGUAUUGCUUUAUAUUAGAGAUCAGGUUUGAUCCAGAUUUAUUUCUUCUGCUUCUUUCCAAAAAUCCCAGACACUGACAAUAUCUCAGACUGAGUGCUUCCAAAUAGCAAAAACGUGUUCUUCUGGUGGUUGCUGAACUUUCACUGACCAAUGCAGAUAUGGUUCUGUGUUUUCAUAAAAUCUGCACGGUGAAUGAAUGUGCUGCAGGAGUAUUUACAGUGUUGCCAACCAUUCCUGCCAGAAAAAGAAAAUGAAGAUACCAAGUCCAAAUUACAAGUAUGUAAUUUAAGUUUUGACUUUUCUUGAAUUUUGAGGGAGUAAGUGACUCAUAAUUUGGAUUUUCUAAGUCAAGACUUGCUACUUAAAAAUUUCGGAUGAGGAUCUCAGAAUGUUGUUGGCUGACUUUUAUCUUAUUUUCACUCUCUUCCAGUUAUUAUUGUCAUUAUUUGAUGUAUUCACAGUUGUUAUUUUCAACUUUUUGCCAUGAAUGACAACUACAAACAGUAGCCAUCCAUCAUUUGGUCAAAUCUGUCUGCUGUAAGCCAACAGUUAACUCCACUACCAGAAGAGGGACGGCACUGAAAUAGUUCACUGUAUAUUGUGAUUUCUUGUUAGGACGGUUACACCCUGAUGCAUUCAGCUUGAGAAAUGGUGUUCAGGUCUUUCACUGAUGAGGCUGUUGGCUUUAUAUAUUUUGCAGAUGAAAACAUUUUAACAUUGAUUAUGAUUAUGAAGUGCCAUCUUUUUUUUUUUUAAAGAAAAAUUGCACUCUUUGCUGGAUUGAAUAAACAUAAUCCACUUCCUUCUUUCAGACAAUCUUUUUUGUUCAGUUUGCCUCAUAUUACAUCUUCUAUGCAUCUUACUAAUGUAAGAGGUUGAGCCAUUGCUCCUUCAUGCCUUAUGGUUAAAGACUUGAACAUGUUUUAUUUUACAAAUGGUGUUGUAUUUUGCAAUAUAGUAUUUUAAGCAGAUUUCAAAGAGUAUACUAGGAUCUGUGAUCAUUAUUAGCUGUUUAGUUAUUAUCAGUUAAUCCUUCUAUAGUGCACUAAAGGGAAUUUGAAUAAGUGCUAAAUCCAAAACAAAUAUACAUGUUUUUUUUCAGCAUACAGCAUGUGCUUUGCUGUUCUCUGUUUGCUGUUUACUGCUCUUUAUUUUGUUUGAACUGGAAAUGACUGGAAAUUUUGUGUUAUGGUGGAAAUGGGGAAAGCAAACUGAGGGAAAAAGGUACUGUACUAUGACAAAUGCUGUGUGGGACUGUUGGUUGCAUGAAAUUGUUAUUUAUAGCAUGGCAGUGGGUUAAGGAAAGAUGAAACCGCCAAUGUGGCGUUGCUCUGAUUUCAAUUGUUCUGUUGUUUUAGCCAUUUUGUCAAUGUCUUGUUUCACACACACACACACACACACACACACACACAUAUAUGUCACAACCUUAAAUACAGCAGUUGAGAGGUAGUUGUGAUUUUCUUUUGUUUAAGCAUUGUGUAAAAUAAAUGGCUUUUACAAGA